AUGUGGCUGCUUGUGUGGUCGCCUGAGCUGUGCCCCGAGCGUCGCGCCGCGCGGCUGGAGGCUGCAGCCGCUCCUGCCCGGCGCGCCCUUGCUACAGCCCCAGAUCUGCGAAAGUUAGGGGUGGGCUACCCUUCUCUGUCCUAUGCUUUCUCUCCGGUCUUCCACCCUGCGCUGGGCCCGGGCCGCCGCGCGGCUGGAGGCUGCAGCCGCUCCUGCCCGGCGCGCCCUUGCUACAGCCCCAGAUCUGCGAAAGUUAGGGGUGGGCUGUACUUUCUGGCUGGCGAAGGCAUCCCGCCUGGUCCCUUACCCUGCUUUCUGCCAAGUAAGACCCUUCUCUGUCCUAUGCUUUCUCUCCGGUCUUCCACCCUGCGCUGGGCCCGGGCGCUCAGGGUGGUUCUGCCCCCCGGAACGUGCGAGGCGCUCAGUUCCGGACCUCGGGGUCAGAGCUGGGUCUGCUGCCCCAGGAUCGCGUGGAAAGCAACACUGUUUCCGGCCAUACAGCUGGACUACAGGGGACGUCAGGACAGCUCCACGCGCGGCACUUUCUUUCCAGAGAGUAACCAAAUCAACCGUCUUUUCCGAGAGGUGCGAUUCAACUUCACACCUGGAUUCUUUCAAGACCUGACCCAGACCCUUUUUUCUGACUUCCCCGUGGGGCUCGCCAGCCUCUCGCCCCGACAUCCGAAGGUGAACAAGUGGUGAUUUCAGAGUCUGCCACGCGUUUGGCUCCUGGGAAUGUGCGUAUAGGGGGAGGGUCUUUUCUUUGCUAAAUCAGUGGAGGACUCCCUGGUGGGCCACAGACCUCUCAAAAAAUCAGAUGAUGCCGAAGAAAAUACCCGACGGGGGUACAGCCCAAAGGUUCCCUGCAAUUCAAGGGAAUCCCAGGUUCUAUAGCUCGGGACCCAGGAAAUCUCAAAUUCCAAACACCUUCCAGAAAGGACGCGCUAUAUGCCCUAUAUUCGUGGGGAGGGGCACACGUGACUGGCUCUGCGACUGCUGGCGGCCCCAGCGCUGGUCACCCAGGACCCCUUCUCUGGGAGCCCUAGCUAAAGUCGUGCACCUUGGUGAGGUUCAGGGCGCCCAGGCUCUGGGAUGCUGGAUGAGACCGGAGCCGCUCUCUUCUUAUCGCCAACGCAGUUGUACAGUGCCCCCUUGCGUCAGUGCCUGGGAAUUUUGAGGCGUUGUCCAGGUGCUCCGGUCGUUCAGAGCCAAGAAAGUGAGCUUUAUGACUUUCCAUUUGCUCCCUGCCACCUUUUCAAAGUAGAAAUGUCUAUAUCACGAUUGUCUCUAACUCAACGCGCCCUCAUGAAGUCUUUUGAUAUGAUACUUAAAAAGAAAAUGUUCCUGUAGUUUGAAUUAUGCUGCUAUGAAACAACGUAUAAGCAAUAUUUAUUGAAAAUCAGUAGUAGGCCACAUACCUAUACAUCUAGAUCUAUAUACCUAUUUAUCUAUCUAUAUAUCUACUUAUCUAUCUGCAUAUAUAAGCACUAUAUUAUCCAAUAUCUUACAGAAGGAGGAACUGAGACACCACAGCACUAUUUUGCCCUAUCUCAGCAGAGCAAGAGUAAGAACUAUAAUGAAGUAAUUCAAGGCCACUUCCCAAUUAUCCUCCACAGUUUCCAGUGUGUACUGUGUAAUACACAGAAAGUUCUCCCUUUAUAGAUGGAGGGUCUUCAAACUCAAGGGUUUUCCCACGUUUUUGUCUUUCCCAAGUUGUGUGAAAAGUCCAACAGUACUAUUUAAUAGUUCUUUACUUUCUUAUACAUGGCCUCUUCCCCUCGGGGAGCUUGAGGCCAUUCAUUUUGUCUCAUUAAUCUUCAGGAGAGGCAGUAAGUAUUUUUAUUUCCAUUUUACAAUGAGAGAAACUGGUUCGGAAGAAGAUAAAUGACUUGCCCAAGGUCAUAUAGUAAAUCAAGACAGAGACAUGAACAAGCCUGUCUUGUCAGAGUGUCUCCCAACAGGCAGCACUACCUUCCUUUAUUUAUUGCAGAGAACCAUCCUAUUAGGAAAUAAAGCAUCCUGUGCUCUCUGAAGGGGAAGCCUCUUAUAAAUUAAUCAUUUGUUAAUCUGUCAUAAAUAAAAACCUACUUUUGGCCUCUCGAGGAAACUUGCUAUCUAGAGACUUCUCUAGUCUGAGUGAUAGAGACUUUUCUUGUCCAGAUUCCCCUUCCUACUUCUCUUGUACACAUCUCCCUCACUUGCUCAAGUCUUCUAUGUGUGAACCCCAGGCCUUCUGUCUUUCUCCUGCUGGCCUUAGAAUUUGGAACCUCUUCAUAAAUUUCAAUCUAGAGGCUACAAUGUCUAAUCACAAAUGCAGGACAGCUUGUGUCUCUAUUUCCCGUAGAGACACAUGGCUGAAAUCCACAGUAAACACAGGCAAAAACAAUGAUAGGCUAAUUUUAAGAUUCAGAACUGCAGAGUUUUAGAGCUGGAAGGCCAUUCCAUAUUGUCUCUAGCAUCCAAAUUUACAUAGAGGAAGCAGAGGCCCAAGAAAGCCAAGUUACGUACCCAAGGUCUCGUGACCAGUGGGACAGGAUUAAGACAAGAACCCAGUCUGGUCCUCACCUUGCUCUUCGAGGUGCCCUGCAUUACCUUAUCUUUGCCAUGAGUGCCUCCCUGCCAUCAAACUCAUUCAUUUACUCCUCAUAUGUUCAUUAAGCAGACACUGCAAGUCCAGGCACUGAAGCACAAAGAGAAGAGUUCUUCAUUAAUCGGAACUGGAGAGAUUUCAGCACUGAAAUAUAUAAAGAAUAAACUGGACCAGGGAUUUGGC